ACAAAUAUCUGAUUGGUGCUUUUCGAUCCUUAGACCUGCCGAGCGAAGUACAAAUGUUUCGAUUUGCUCUUUAUUCCUUGGUUUUACCGAGUGAAGUUCGUGAGCUAUAGUGCGAUAUUACUAUGUCUGGUCGAGGUAAAGGUAAAGCUAAGGGCACCAAGUCUAAGAGCCGCUCAUCUCGAGCAGGGCUUCAAUUCCCUGUCGGUCGAAUCCACCGUCUGCUCCGCAAAGGCAAUUAUGCUGAACGUGUUGGCGCCGGUGCUCCAGUAUACUUGGCCGCUGUGCUUGAAUAUUUGAGCGCUGAGAUCCUCGAGUUAGCGGGUAACGCUGCUCGUGAUAACAAGAAGACAAGAAUCAUUCCUCGUCAUCUUCAGCUUGCUGUCCGUAAUGACGAGGAGCUAAACAAACUGCUCGCCGGUGUCACCAUCGCACAGGGAGGAGUUCUUCCUAACAUUCAGGCUGUACUUCUGCCCAAGAAGACUGAAAAGAAACCCAAGGCUUAAUUCAAAUUUCACCAGUUACAACAAACGGCUCCUUUAGGAGCCAGCAGAUGUUUAUAAAGUCAUAAUCAACUUUGCGCACUAGGUUUACAACCUUACCUUAACAUGUAAAACCAGCGAGUGGGAUAACAAUAUAAAUUUUGGCUUUGGCAAUG